AUGGACUUAUUGUUAUUGGCUGGAGUAGAUCCCAACAAUUCGAAAAUUAAGCAUGUUCAUUUGGAAGGCGCCGAUUCCGAUCUGACAGGCGUCGAUGCACAAAUUUCAGGUCAGUCCUAUGGUGCUUCUAUCCCUUUCGAGAAAGCAAUGAGUCCUGAAGUUAUCAUUGCUUACAGUAUGAAUGGGAAAGACAUUCCUCGUGACCAUGGUGCUCCUCUCCGAUGUAUUGUGCCUGGUACGUUCUUGACCAUCGAUCUAGGUACUGUAGCAAAGUCACGAGGUCGUGAAUUUAGUACACAGUAG